AUGACCAAGGGUAUGGUAAAUGCCGCGCUGCAGGGAGGGCGACGAUAUGUAGACAAGCACACGACACACACAUGCCAUCGAUCUCACGCGUCUGCGUAUGUGUGCGACACACUGCACACAUGCCACAGCAACAACUGACACACGCGCCACCUGUCUGCCAUGUCCGUGUUGUCGCUGCAGAGCCACGCCAAGCACUACUGCCGCGUCUGCCGCAAUGGUGACAGCGACCAUCGCGCCAGCGACUGCCCAUUCCUGAGAGCCCACCUCAGCGGCGGCCGAUGCUUCGGCUACCAUCAGACCUCUCCCGAGUUCGGCCGCCAGAUCAGACAGACGCGCGUGAUGCGGCCCAGCUCGACGGGGGCGGCUGGCCGCGGCAUCUACUUUGCCAUUCGCCCUGAGGAGACCGAGGGGAAGGCCCGCCACAAGGGCUGCAUGGUGAAGGCAGAGAUCCGCAUGAACAACCCCAAGCACGUCUGGCAGGCACUGUCUCCCAAUGAGACGUACGCAUCGCUGGCGGCUCAAGGGCAUGAUGGUGUGAUUGUGCAUGGGUACAAGUCGGGCGUCGAGAUCGUUGUCUAUCACGCAGAGCAGGUCAAUGUGCUGCGGGUGCACCGACGCAGGCAGUGAAGACAUUUGCUCUGUCGAUUUACUUCUUCAAAGACGAGACACCAA